AUGUGUGCAGCACCUUCUAUGGUAUCUGUUCUUCCGUCACCUUCUGUGGCUUUGCAGUACCGCGUUAACGAAGGCUCUGAAUGUGAUGGUGAGGGGACAGUCAUUCCAGUAGAACAAGAAGAAGAUCAACAACAACAACAACAACAAGGCGAUUGGUUGCAAGAGGAAGGAGGAGAAAAACAAAAUGAAGAAAAUGGAUUUUCUGUCAGUAAUAAAACCCCUGGAAUUGAACAUGAGAAAGCGGAUUCAGCUGUAUAUUCCCUUUGUGAAGGUUCAACACCUCUUAUUCAUACCUCAUUACUUCAUAAAGCUACAGAGACCGCUGCAGAUGAAGUGACGGUGGUUGAAGGUUUUAAUAACGACUUAAUGGGAGUAGAUUGGGAUAAGGUUAAUCGUGAAACGGAAAAACGUUUAGUUGAAGAGUCGAGUAAUGGACGAAAUGUUGUCAGUGAGAGGAAUAAACCUAUUCCUUUUUUGGAAGCUGCAGAAUUACUAAAAAAAGAUACAUCUUCAUGGGAACCAUACCUUAUACCUAAUCGUUAUAAUGAAAGGGAUUCCAGAAAUUGUUUGACAGCAAUUUUAUAUAGAAUUUUUGGAGGAUCUGACUGCUGUUUAUCGCUGUCUUCAAGAUAUAAUGAUGAUAUUGACACUGCCAAUAAUAGUGGAAGAGGAGGAGGAGGAGGAGGAGGAGGUGCUGGUGGUAAUAGUUAUAGUAGUAGUGUUAAUAGUGAGACGAUAGAGCGUAUAUUACAACGGGAUAUAGAUUUUACCCUAACCUUACCGUCUGUACCGUUUGAUCAUGGUCAAAUCAUACAUCGCAGAUUACUUGUAACUGUUCACAAUGGUUUAUUAUAUCCUAAAAGUCGUAGUAAUGGUGGUACGGGUGGUAGUAGUACUCACACUGGUGCGAUGGAUUGGGAUAGAAUAGGUUUUCAGGGUAGUGAUCCCGCUACAGAUCUUCGUUCUACUGGUCUUCUUGGACUUUUACAACUUGUUUAUUUGAUUGAGUACUACAGUGAAUUUGCUGCUUGUCUCUGGGAGACAUGUAAUUCAAAUGAUGCUGAGGGUGAUGUUUUUACAAAACUUCCAUUCGUUUUAAUUGGAUUUAACUUCUCUGCGAUGCUUCUUGAACGUUUAAGAGAUAAUACAUUCCGGUCAGAUCUCAUACAUCGUGCUCGACGUAUGUGUACUACAGGAAAAAGUUCAUCACAUCUCAGAACCAACUCUAACAAUACGAGUCAUCUCUGGUGUGAAUUCCCUAUGUUGUUUGUCUGUUGUGAAUAUCUUGUGGGUUCUCUUUUUCUCUUUUGGGAGCGAUGGUUGCAACUUCGACAACAACGUGGGGGUAAACCACCCACUAUUCGUGAGUUUGGUGUAGUGAAGGUGGCAUUGUGUUCAAAGAUGAAAACCAGUGGUGUACAAUAUGUAUUGGAUACGUGUACAAAAGCUCAUGAUCCCUCCGUUAUUUGUUCCCGCUACGCUGUUGGUAGUGUUAGUGUUGGUGCUGAAGAGAAUACAACGAUGGUAAGAGUACAGACAGAUGAUAUCGUUUGUAAUUCUACUUGUUUAGGGCCAACAGGGAAGGAGGAGGAGGGGGAGGAAGAUCAGGAAUUGUUAGAACGAAAGGAUAAUGAGAAGGAAAGUCAGGAAGAGGAAAAACAACAAAAACAAAAAGAACAACAAAAACAAAAAGAACAGAAAAAAGAGGAAGAGGAAGAAGAAGAAGAAGAAUAG